AUGGGGUGCGGUCCUGGGUCAUCCAGGCGUACCUUGAGGGUUUCACAGUCGUCUGGUCGCAUCCAUACUGUGGGGUCCUCACAGUUGUACUUGGCAACUACUAGACCAGACAUUUCUUAUGCAAUACAACACCUCAGUCAGUUCAUGCAUGCUCCAAAGAUGUCACAUUAUGAAACUGCUUUACAUGUAGUAAGAUACAUAAAGGGUAAUCCUAGACUUGGACUAUUGAUGACCAACAAACAGUCAAAUAAGAUCACAGCACACUGUGAUGCUGACUGGGCAUCCUGCUUGUUGUCAAGGAAGUCAGUCACAGGAUUUUGCAUCAAGUUGGGAGACUAUCUCGUUUCAUGGAAAUAA